AAACUCAUCAUUGAAAUUUCCAACUAACCAAAAGAAAAAAUCACAUUAGGAAACUUCAAUUGAUUAUAACUCUCUAAUCAUCCAGACACGUCUACUCUCAACUCUCUCUCUCCUAUCCAAUAUCCAUAUGGUCAUGGAUCGGUAGAAAUCCCCAAUUUCGACACUCCAAAUUCUCUCUCCUCCCACCUCAAUCGACUCCAAGCUCAAUUUCCCAUCCCCAAUUAUACCCAAAAAAAAAUGCUGAUAUACAAAUUCACUAAAAUCAAAAACCCCCAAUUUGCACUAUUAUUCAUAUUAAUUUUAGGGUUAGGGUUUUGUUUGAAUUUGGGGGAAGCAUUAAAGGUUCCCUUUAGAAUUAAUGAUGUUCUCCCUGUUUUACCCCGCCAAAUUUCAUGGCCUGUACUUAAUAAUCUGCAUAGUGCAGUUGAUUUGUUACCUUCUUUUGUGGGUUCAGUAACCCCUCAAAAUAAUGACUCAAUUAAGUGGAAAGGUGCUUGCUUUUUUGAAAAUUCUGCUCGCCUUGAAUUUACUGAUACUGGUGAUAAGGGUUUGGGUGGUGGUGUUCUUCAUCUUACGACAGCUUCAGCCCACAGUUGGACCUGUAUGGAUCUUUAUGUUUUUGCGACUCCCUACAGGGUUACUUGGGAUUACUAUUUUGCUUCAAGUCAGCAUACACUAGAGAUUGAUUCUUGGGAGGAAGCUGCAGAAUUAGAAUAUGUAAAGCAACAUGGGAUAUCUGUGUUCCUAAUGCCAUCUGGAAUGCUGGGGACUUUCCUUUCUUUGGUGGAUGUUUUGCCUCUCUUUUCCAAUUCUGCUUGGGGCCAACAUGCUAACCUAGCUUUUCUUGAGAAGCACAUGGGUGCCAUAUUUGAGAAGCGUCCUCAGCCUUGGAAGGUGACUAUUAAUCCAGAUGAUGUCCAUUCUGGGGACUUUCUGGCUGUUUCAAAGAUCCGUGGUCGUUGGGGUGGAUUUGAGACACUAGAGAAAUGGGUCACAGGGGCAUUUGCUGGUCAUACGGCAGUUUGCCUGAAAGACAAACAUGGUAAUCUUUGGGUUGGUGAAUCAGGGCACGAGAAUGAGAAGGGUGAAGAGAUUAUUGCGAUCAUCCCAUGGGAUGAAUGGUGGGAACUUGCACUGAAGGACGACUCCAACCCACAAAUAGCUUUGCUUCCCUUGCAUCCCGAUAUGCGUGCAAAGUUCAAUUCAACUGCUGCUUGGGAAUUUGCACGAAACAUGUCUGGAAAACCAUAUGGUUAUCACAACAUGAUUUUUAGUUGGAUUGAUACCAUAGGCGAAAACUUUCCACCUCCUCUUGAUGCUCACUUGGUUAUUUCUGUCAUGUCUAUGUGGACUAGAGUACAGCCAGCAUAUGCAGCAAAUAUGUGGAACGAGGCACUAAAUAAGAGACUUGGAACUGAGGGCUUGGACUUGCAUGAAAUCCUUAUUGAGAUUGAAGACCGAGGCAUAGCAUUUGAGCAGUUGCUUACCAUCCCAGAGCAAGAUGAUUGGAUAUAUAGUGAUGGUAAAUCCACAACAUGUGUUGCCUUUAUCCUUGCAAUGUACAAGGAGGCAGGAAUAUUCAAUCCUUUGUCCGAAUCCAUCCAAGUUACAGAGUUUACUAUCCGCGAUGCAUAUAUGCUGAAAAUAUUCGAGGACAACACGACACGUUUGCCUAGCUGGUGUACGACCGAGAAUGGGCAUGUUCCCUUUUGCCAGAUUCUCGGAGAGUAUCGCAUGGAACUGCCCGAAUACAACACUGUAGAGCCAUAUGCCCAUAUGAACGAAAACUGUCCCUCAUUGCCUCCACAUUAUCAGAGGCCCAUAAAAUGUUGAUCGAUGGUUUAGCCUGUUAUUUGUUACUAUGUACACGUUUUAAAAGUGUUCUGGAGCAUUUCCCAAGUGACGAUUGUUCUAUUCUUGUUAUUUGUAAUGUGUACAUAUUUAUGAGACAUUCAUUAAAAGUAAAUAGUAGUUGUUGCUUAUAUUUUGUUGUGAUGAGUUGUAACCGCUUAGAGAUUAUUUUUCUUCUCUUGACUUGUAAUUUCUACUGGUUGAGUAUGUAAAUUCUUGGCUAAUUGCUUCUUUAAAAGCUCCAAGUUCCUGGAUGUUUUGGAAUCUCAA